CUUGCCGUCCCGGGCUUCAUUGACCUGCACGUGCAUGUGUGCGGCGGUGGCGGGGAGGCCGGGCCCGGGAGCAGAACCCCCGCCCCCCGAGGCCUGUCGGAGCUUCUGCAGGCAGGCCUGACUUGCGUGGUGGGCGUCUUGGGCACCGACAGCGUGAGCCGCACGCAGGAGAACCUGGUGGCGCAGGUGCAGGGCUUGAACGAGGACGGCAUCACCGCCUACUCCUGGUGCGGCUCGUACCGCCUGCCGCCCGCCACCAUCACCGGCAGCGUGCAGCGCGAGCUGUGCCUCGUCGCCAGCUGCCUGGGCGUGGGCGAGGUGGCGGUGUCAGACCACCGCGGCUCGGCACCCACCCCCGCAGACCUGCUGCGCCUGGGCCUCGAGGCGCGGGUGGGCGGCAUGCUGUCGGGCAAGGCGGGCAUCGUGCACUGCCACAUGGGGCCCGGCGCGGCGCGGCUGCAGCCGCUGCGCGACGCGCUGGCCUGCGGCGCCGGCGACCUGCCCGUCACCGCCUUCCACCCCACCCACAUGGAGCGCAGCCCAGAGCUGGUCGCCGACGGCGCCGCCUGGCUGGCGGAUGGCGGCACGCUGGACCUCACCUGCAGGUGGGGUGCGGGGCUGAGCUCUCCCUCCCAGUGCCGUGCAGCCCUGAGGCUGUACCGCGACAAGGGCCUGCCUCUGGAGGGUGUCACCGUGUCCACAGACAGCUAUGGCAGCCUGCCUGUGUUUGACGCCCAGGGGCGGCUGGUGCAGUACGAUGUGGCAGACCCAGGCGCCAUGCUGCGCUUCCUGCGGGCCAUGGUGAUGGAGGAGGGCUGGGCGCUGGAGGAGGUGCUGCCGCUGAUGACGCGCAACCCCGCGGCACGCCUGAAGCUGGAGCGCAAGGGCCGCAUCGCUGUGGGCUGCGACGCCGACAUCCUGCUGCUGGAGGUGAGGGGCCAGGGGAGGCGGGCGGGGGCGGUCUGUGGCAGGACAGCCUCCCCAGGAGGGAUGCUUGUGAUGCAGCAUGCGGCCACAGGGCCCUCAUGUCCAGGCACGCAUCCCCCACGGCCUUGCAGGCGGACACUCUGGCCCUGCAGUACGUGGUGGCUAGAGGCGAGGUGGUGA